AUGAACUUUUACAAAAUAAUGGAAGAGGAACAAAAUGAAAAAAUAUUAGAAAGUAAAAAAGAAAAAUACCAGGCAAUGGAUCAACCAAGUAAAAAUGAGUUGGUUUCAAUACGUUCCAACGAAAUCAUGGAAAAGCACAUGUCAUUAGAUGAAAAUCAAAAAACAGUUGUGCUGAAUAAAGAGAGCGAAAAUCGGUUGAAAAAGAUAUCUCAACCUCAAGACAUUGAAUCGUGUAUUACAGUAUUUCAAAAGAAGAUCAAAGCUGGACCAUUUCAUAUAUGUUGUGUGUGUAACCGAACAUUGUAUAAAAAGUCUGUAAUGGUCUUACAAAAAGAGAAAUAUCCUCGCCAAGAUUGUUUUGUUAUUCAACCUUCGUUUGAUUGCAAAAAGUACAUCUGCAAAACUUGCCACUCCAAAUUAAUAAAAGGUCAGCAGCCCUGUCAAGCCGUGAUUAAUAAUUUGUUUGUUGAUGAAACCCCAGGGGAGCUUGCUACAUUAGAGAAACUUGAACAAAUUCUUAUUGCACAGAGAAUAGUUUUUGAAAAAAUUGUAAUAAUGCCGAAAGGACAACAAAGAAAAAUUAAAGGUGCAAUAUGCAAUGUGCCAGUUGAAUGUAGUCAAACGUGCAAUGUUCUUCCCAGACCACCUGACAGAUCUGGGAUAAUUUUACUUAAAUUAAAAAGGAAACUUCAAUUUAGAGGUCAUGUUUACUUCCAAGCAGUUCGCCCUCAGAUUGUAAUUAAUGCAUUAAACUGGCUUGUUGCAAACAAUCCUUUAUACAAAAAUAUUCAAAUUCAUUGUAGGAAUAUCAGCUCAGACUUGACAAAUUUGAACUGUCCUGUAACUGAUCAAGAAAAUACAGACGAACCAUCACAAACACAAACACAAACACAAACACAUGCUAUUAAAGAAGUGGUCGAUGACGAGGCUGAAGAGCAAGACGACCCAUUAAAUGAACAUCGCUCAGCUGCAAGUGAAACAUGUCUUCAAUCCAUUUUGCCAAAUUAUCCUGUUAGUGUUGAAAAUACCGACUGUGAUAAUUCAACAGGAAGAGAGGUUUUCAAUAUUGCACCUGGUGAAGGUAAACACCCUGUAUCAAUGAUGACUGAUAAACUUUGUGAGAUUUGGCUAUACUGCUGA